GCCACCAAACGUGGCUGGAGUGACCCAGUCUGAACUGUCCUAACUUUACGUCAAAAUUUGUCAUCCAUACGCAUCAUUCGUCGUUGUGAGAAUUCGGAGUUUCGUGGAAAACAACGACGACACUGAUAACGAUGCUGUCAUUGGGACGCGAUUAAUCUGUGUAAGUGCUAAAGUGACGAAGUGACAUCCCACGAGAGAUAGAACACCCAGUGCCAUGAAAAUAUCUUUGCCCUCCGAGUGAUGACACCUAGACCGCUAUUUCCUGCGGAGGAAAUUGAGUGACCGAUAUUUGAGACCAACCUGUCCGUGCGUGCAUUUAUUUAAAACAAUGAUGGAGUUGAGUCAUAGUCUGACCCUCAAUGAGGAUGCUCUUAAUCAAAUCCCUGAGGCUAAGCGACCAGUUUUCAUCUUUGAAUGGUUACGCUUUCUAGAUAAAGUUUUGGUCGCUGCUCAAAAGAGUGAUAUUAAAGGAUGUCAGCAAAAGUUAGUGGAGCAAUUGACGAGGCAUAUGCAAGGAGCACCUGGACCACCAACCAGACGUCUCAUUGCAAGAUGCCUAGCAACUUUGUUCAGUGUGGGCGACACUCUGUUUGAUACUGUCAACAAAUGCAAUGAUAUCUUGAGGAAUAAGGAUGAUUCACCAAGUUUUCUACCCACAAAACUAGCUGCUAUUUGCUGCGUGGGAUGCAUGUAUGAGAAACUGGGAAGAAUGAUGGGCAGAUCAUAUGAGGAGACUGUACAGAUCCUAAUAAAGUCUUUACGUUCUGCUGAAUCACAGACACGAAUAGAAAUUAUGCAUACGUUAGAAAAGGUGUGUGCUGGAAUGGGAUCCGCGAUAACCAAUGUGCAUAAGGAGAUAUAUAAAGUUUCCAGGCAUUACCUGACCGACAGAGUGAUGGCAGUAAGAUGUGCUGCUGCAAAGUGUUUGUUGGAAAUGUUGAAUCACGCUCCGUUUUUAUAUACAACUGAAAUCGAAAGUGUUGCAACACUUUGCUUUCGGGCAUUCGAAGGUUCAAAUUACGAAGUGAGAUGCUCCGUUGCUAAAUUACUGGGCACCUUAGUGGCAAUGACGCAACUUCCUUCACCCAAAAUAAAAAAUCCCACAGUUGUACACAACAAAGGUGUUAAGCAAGCUUCACUUGAAGAGGUGUUAAAUAUCCUGAUGUCUGGAUUUUUAAGAGGUGGUGUUGGUUUCUUAAAAGGAACCGGUGAGAUCAUAAAAGGAAGCUCCAGCAUAAAUAGAGAAGUGCGAGUUGGGGUGACACAUGCAUACGUGAUAUUUGUUCAAAUGUUGGGCGGUACCUGGCUGGAACGAAAUAUCGGAGCAUUAAUUGCGCACGUUUUAGACCUGGUUACAAAUCCGAAAGCCGCUAGUUCUCACGUUGAGGCGGUAUACUCGCGUAAAUGCGUGAAUUUCAUUUUACGCGGUACCAUCGGCAAAUUAUUAGGAGAAGGAGCUCAAGCAGCUGCUUGUAAAGAGAUAGCGCAUAUUAUUCUGAAGCAAAUGAAUUCCAUCGAUUUCAGUCCGGAAAACGCCAAAGAUUGCAAUCAAGAAACGUUAUUCAGUCAGCAUUUAUUGGUGUGUGCAUUACAAGAAAUGGGCAAUCUGAUAUUAGGAUUAGGUACCACAGCUACGAAUUUGCUCUCCGAUCAAUCUCUAAGUCUGAUCGAUGCCAUAAUGGCUGUUCUGGUGCAUCCGUGUCAAGCGGCUAGACUGGCGGCUUCCUGGUGUUUACGAUGCAUAUGUGUGGCAGUACCAAGUCAAAUAACACCCUUGAUCGAUCGCUGUGUUGACGGGAUUGAGAAUAUGCGUAGCUCACCGGAAGCUAUAGCCGGUUACAGUAGUGCUCUUGCUGCGGUGCUAGGAAGUGUUCGUUUGUCACCUUUGGGGGUCCCUCAUACUAAGGGAAAGAUAAUUUUCAAUACAGCGGAAGAACUCCUGAGAAGCGCGAGUCAGAACAGUCGUUUGUCUUUAAAUCGCACGCAUGCAGGAUGGCUUUUGAUAGGAGCGAUUAUGACUCUAGGUACAGCAGUAGUAAAAGGCUUAUUACCGAGAAUGUUACUUCUAUGGAGAAACUCUUUCUCUUUCCCACGUUCGAACAAAGAACUUGAGAGUGAAAAAGCUCGCGGCGAUGCUUUCACGUGGCAAGUGACUUUGGAAGGACGUGCCGGCGCAUUGUCCGCUAUGUACAGUUUCCUGUUGCAUUGCCCGGAACUUCUGAACGAUGAUAUUACACGGCGAUUACUCACGCCGAUCGAAUCCGCUCUAGCGAUGCUGACAAAUUUGUCUCCUGUUUUAAAGAAUUAUGGCCAGCAAUUGAAAGCUCCUGCAGCUAUGGUUCGUUUACGCUUAUAUGAAACGUUGUUGCUAUUGCCACCGCAAAUGUUCGAAGGUUCUUACACACACCUUUUGAGAAUGUUGGUGUCGGAGUUCACACUUACGGAUAAUCCUGGAAACACGACUACUUCCUUAUUAAGUGUGGUUUGCCAUGCUAACGAUUCUGUAAUUCUUGGUACAUGGCUACAGGAGACCGAUCAUCGCACAAUAGAAGACCAAAUGGAACCAAACAGAAGGGCAGAUUUGGAACAUCUUCAACCAAAUAGUGCUGCGGGAUCUGGGGCAUUGGAACAUAAUACAUGUUGCCUUUACAGACCAAUGCCACACUUUGAAAUGAUUCCUGGUCCUUUGCCGUUGGGUGUAGCGGUGAUUGAUUUAUCGGUCGCGUUAUUCGGCCAGAUAUUCCCACGUGUAGCAAACAAGCACAGACUGCAGAUGUUGGAUCACUUUAGCGAGUGUAUAAAGCAUACUAAGUCCGGAAGGCAGGAGGCAAUACAAAUGAACGUGUUCACGGCUGUAUUGAGUGGCUUGAAGGGCCUCAACGAGGCGAAAACAGGUUUCGGACAGGAAGACGUCAAGAAAUCCGCCACUAAUCUUAUUAUCAGCACGCUGAUCAGCAGUAAUCCUAUUUUACGAUGGGCGGCUGGAGAAGCGGUUGGCAGAAUGGCCCAAGUGAUCUCUGAUCCCAAGUUCACAGCGGAAUUGGCGCAGACCAGUUUCGAUCGGUUGAAAUCGGCUCGCGACGUGGCCAGCAGAACCGGUCACUCAUUAGCGUUAGGCUGCCUUCAUAAAUAUGUCGGCGGAAUGGGCUCUAGCCAGCAUCUCAACACUAGCGUCAGCAUCUUACUCGCACUCGCACAAGAUAAUUCGUCUCCUGUAGUACAAGUUUGGGCGCUGCAUGCUCUGGCUCUGAUAGCUGAUUCCGGUGGACCAAUGUUUAGAGGCUAUGUAGAGCCUACGCUAUCCUUAGCGCUGACCCUUCUCCUCAAUGUUCCUCACUCUUACAUCGAUGUGCAUCAAUGCAUCGGAAAGGUUUUAUCAGCGCUUAUCACGACAAUAGGACCAGAAUUGCAAGGCAACACUUCAACGAUUUGCAUGGCACGGUCGUCAUUUUUAUGCGCGUGUGCCAUUAUGCAGGAUCAUCAGGAUCCCCUCGUUCAAGCCGAAGCAACCGGCUGUCUUCAACAGUUACAUCUUUUUGCACCCAGACACGUCAAUUUGUCUUCCCUCGUUCCUACAUUAUGUCGUACCUUAUCAAGCAAUCAUUUGCUUCUGCGUAAAGCUGCGAUAUCCUGUCUUCGGCAGCUCGCUCAGCGCGAAGCGAAGGAAGUAUGUGAGCAUGCGAUGACUCUGGCUAAUGAAAGCAGAGACACUAAUGUGGUAGAAGGUCUCGUUAUCACUGAGACCGGUCUCCCGGGUGUGUUAUUCAGUAUGUUGGAUACGGAAACUGAUAGUAAAUUAAUCAAAGACAUUCAUGACACUUUGACAAGCAUGUUGCAAAUAUUAGCGGCCGACAAUUUGUCUCAAUGGUUAUCACUAUGCAAAGACGUUCUCACGAUAGCUUCAGGUAAUAAUUAAAUUCUUCUAAUUAACGGUUGACGAAUAAUUCCUUGAACAAAAUAUUCUGUUUUGUUUGCCGAGGAUAGCGCCACUGAUAAUGAAUCAGCAGAUGCAGAAGGUGACGACGAUCAGGCUGAGUUCCAUGCUGACGAAUCCACUAAACAGCGACCGUCUAUCACACCGAGAUGGCCAACGAGAGUCUUUGCGGCACAAUGCGUCCGACGUAUCGUCGCAGCUUGUAUGAAUAACAAGCAGGCUCAUUUUGAUCUCGCUCUGGCCAAAGAGAUGCAACAAUCUAAGGGAAAAGGAGAUUUUCUGGUAUUACAUUUAUCGGACUUGGUGCGUAUGGCGUUCAUGGCUGCAACGAGUGAUUGUGAUCCAUUGCGACUCGAAGGUCUCAAAACUCUGCAAGAGAUCAUUGAUAAAUUCGCUAAAGUUCCCGAACCGGAGUUUCCUGGGCACUUAUUGCUGGAGCAGUUUCAAGCACAGGUCGGAGCUGCUUUAAGACCAGCAUUUUCCGCGGAAACACCGUCGCAUGUUACAGCUGCAGCUUGUGAAGCUUGCAGCGCAUGGAUCGGCAGCGGCGUCGCUAGGGAUCUCAAUGAUCUACGAAGGGUGCAUCAAUUACUUGUAUCAUCCCUCGAGAAAUUGAGAGAAGGCAACACUCGACCGCAGCUGUAUAAUGAGAGCUUAUCAACGUUGGAAAGAUUAGCGAUCCUAAAAGCAUGGGCAGAGGUAUAUGUAGUUGCAAUGAUAAGAGACGGAUCCGCAUUGAAUAGCAAAGAUACGACUAAUCGAAAUGCGAAUCAAGUCGACGAAGCGAGUGAGGAGGAUUUUGGAGAAUUCGAGUUUCAAAGCGAAAGUUUGCUGAGCCUCGUUCAGCCAGAGCUUCUGAGUCUGAGUCAACAUUGGCUAUCCGCGUUGAGAGAUCAUGCAUUACUUUCUUUGCCGCCAGAAUUCUCCAGCCAGUUGCCGCAUGAUGGUGGUGCCUUUUACACGACAGAUACAAUGGAGUCUGCGCGUCCUCACUAUGUAGAAUCGUGGGCGCCGAUCCUCCAUGCCGCGACUCUUUGGCUCAAUGCAAGAGGAUUUGAAAUGGGAAACAGUAAUCAGGAGAAAGCAACGACGAAUCUUAAUAAUAAUAAUCGUAACAAUAAUAACAACAACGAUGAAGCUACUGCUUCUAAAACUAACACAAAUGUUGAACGUUUUCACUUGUUAUUUGGUAAGUGUUUUAAAGGAAUAUGCAACAUUCUUUUUUUAUAAUAAUUAUUUGUUGAAUCCCAGCAAAAUAUGAAGACAUGUUUAAAUGCGUUAUAUACAUUACUUGAUUCAAUAUGGGCACGUAAGGUCUUCAUCACGGAUCGUUCCUUACCUAUCGAAUUAUGUAAUGUUCUUCAUAGAUCGCUUUUAACACGAGAGAGUUAUAUCAUCCAAAUGAUAGUAAUGGAAGUGCUGAAGCAAGUGAUGAAAGCAGCGCAGGAAGAUCUUGCUGCAAGGAAAAAAUUGAAACUCAAAGAUAAUGCAUCGGCACAUCAAGAAAACAAUGAAACAUUGGAACUGGAUCUACUGGGUGAAGGAGAAGAAAGUGGUGAGCUCAUGCCGGGCAAAUCAUUAGUGUUUGCUGUUCUGGAAGUAUGUCUGUGUCUCCUGGUGCGGCAGAUACCGGCACUGAAUCCGAAUCCCGAUGGUGCUACUGCCAUUUUAUCUCAGAAGGGAUAUGCGUCGUCGGAGAAGAGCGGCAAAUUAAUCGCAUCAUCUCUCAGUAUAAUGGAGUCUCUUCCCACAUUGUGCUCUCCGCAAGGCGCAAUAGCAAUUCUACCGACGCUGCUGUAUCUGGCAACGGGCGUGAUACGCGAAACCGCGGUACGUGCGGACAACGAUAGCACCAAAUCCGGUUCGGAAACACCAGUUCACGCUGCGUUGCACUGCGUUAAGAGUCUCACUAAUAACAAAUACGCCCGGGAUCACAGGAGUCAGGAGCAAUGGACGGGAUUACUACAAAGCGCGCUUGCCAAGAUUAUCGAUCUGGCCAAAACAGGCAAUGAUGAAACUAAGAUGGAUGAGGUGGCAAUGAUGCUAGGCAUCGCAGUAUUCGUGCUUCAUGCGUCACCGGAAGUAGUGAGUGCUCCAAAUCUGCAAUUUCCAUGUAUUAAUCAUUUUCGGCAUGCGUUCCAGUCUGAAAAUUUAACGGUGAAGCUGAAAUGUGUGCAAACGUUAAGAACGAUAUUUCUGCAUCCGGAACGUAAUAUAAGUACUCCAUACAUCCAUGCGCUUGCACCACGUCUGGUAGAAUACCUAUACAGCGACAAGAGCAAGCAGGUGACAAACGACAUGGAUCUGACUUUCACAUUGGAGUGCAUCAGCACAGUAGAAGCUCUCAUAGGACUCGCUGAUCUCUCUAAUCGAGAUCUGUUACAAGGUAUUCAAAUGCUGACUUUACUCGUACCGAUUUUAAUCAAUUACCUACUGGAAGGGGAUGAGCUCCAGCGCGCUACAAAAUAUCAAGCGAGCCUCCAUCAACAGAGUUUUCAAUGGCUCAAUAAGAUCGGGCCAAAGUAUCCGCAGGAAUUUAAGACAUUGAUGUCACAGUCCACCGAGCUGAAAACGAAGUUGGAGAACGCCGUAAGAACUAGUCAUCAGCAGGCACAGCGGCACACUCGGCCAGUCGAUCCCGUGAAACCGCAGAUCAAGAUAUCCGCGCCAUCGAUCAAAUUAAAAACCGACUUCUCCAACUUCAACUAGAAGCAGAUCAUAUAUCUGUUGCAGAUAAGAAAUAAGAAAUAAUUUAUUAAAACCUCGUAUGACUAACGAUAUUAACGAUUUUAUCGUAGAUACAACUCACUCGUGUUAACGCGACUGAUUUCACUCAACUAUCAAUUAUCAGAUAAAUCGAAUUAAUUGUUGUUUACAACAAUAAUGUUUUAGCGUCGUGAUAAUUAUAAAGUGAUAUUUCACCGUUAGAAAAUCGUACUCGACUGUACUUAGAAAAAGAGGAUUAGAAAUUAGCGACAUUAUACGACGUACAUAAAGGGAUAGGAUAAUGUGAAAGGAAUGGAAAAAUUGAUGUCGGAUGAUCAAUUAAUUGCUACUAUAAAAUGAUACUUAUCUUACAUUCUCUUCAUCCCAUUUUAAUUUCUUUAUUAGUAUAAUAACGUUCCUAAUUUUUCAAUUAUGCUUUCCGAGAAGAUAACUUUAUAUCAGACUUUCAAAUUUGUAUAUACAUAUAUGUAGAUUUUAGGAUACACAUAUAGAGAUUAUUAAUUUAUUUAGUAAUACAUACAAAGAUGUUGAUGUAUAUUUUCAUCUCACUAUUUCGAUGAAUUGUGAACUAGAACAAGUAAUAGUUUAAUUCCAAGAAAAGUGUGGUGUU